AUGCGUAGUAAUAGUGCUUAUCAUUAUAGUCCCCAUAAUACACAUGUGUCUUCAGUGACUUCAUCAAAUUUAUCUGAUGAUGAUGAUGAUAAUGAUGCUGUAUUCGGACCAACAACACCAGUCGAUGAUAGAUCGUCUACGGAUGAUGUUCGAAGAACGUCAGAAACACUUAUUCCUUGUGAAUUUUGUCAAUUGCAACAAUCAGCUGAUCGUAUAAUGCAUCAUGAGGAAAUACAACCGUUUCAUACGGAUCAAGUCUACAUAAAUUCUAGUUACUCAUGUUUCGGAAAAGAUAGAUGUUAUAAAUAUUUUAAUGAAUUAAAAACAUGGGAAGCAUCUAGAAUUCAUUGUCGUGCUCAAUAUGCUGAUUUAUUUACAUGGCGUGAUAAUCAUGAUGAACAAUUUAUUCGACCUGUUAUAUUAAAUUGGAUAUCUACACCUCUUUUUAUACAUAUAUGGUCUAUGAUAUUGAAGCCAAAACCAAAUCAACCAUAUCUUGCAUGGGCUGGUGCUAAGAUAACUUCAUUAAAACCGCAUACUAUUCAAUGGAUGGAUCCUGAUGGACUGAAACUAGACUUGACUAGUACAGAAUGGUGUGAUCCAACAUAUCAUGCAGGUUAUUCAUUACAAAAAGAACCAACAUCAGGAACUAGACAAGGUCCGAAUGGUACUGAACGUGAAGAAUGUGUUACAUACAAUUUUGGUUCUAAAGGUACAAGUUUUCUCUGCUUAUCAGAUGAUUACUGUAGUCAAAAAUAUCCAUUUAUUUGCGAAAUGAAUGCUGCUAGUAUGAAAUUAGCAACAUCUACGCAUCAUGGUACUAAUAAUGGUGGCAUUUCAUCUGGAACAGAUGAAGGUACUUCAUCUGGAACAGAAGGUGAUACAAUCGAUUUUGAAGAACCACCGCCCCCUCCACCAGAAGACCCUGACUUUAGUCCACAACAUCUUGGUUUAGAAGCAGCAGCUCUUAAAGAUGAACCAGGUUUUCUAACAAAGACAAAUAUAAUUAUAAUUGCUAUUGUGGGAGUAAUUCUUAUUGUUGGAGCCAUCGCUGGAUAUAUAGUUAUAAAAAAUAAAAAAGCAAGUACACGUAAUCCAACUGGUGACAAUGGAGGUGUAUCUCAAGGUAGACCAAGUGUUGCUAGUUCAAUUGGAAGCAUGGUAGAUGAAUAG